AUGGGUAAGAUUACCUGGUGGUUUGCAGCACAACCUUGAGAACUUACAUACAACUGAAAAGUGAAGGAAGCCUGGGACAAGGCUGGGAUACCUGAAAAAGAGCUGUUAAAAAUUCUCCACCAACGCUACCACUCCAGCGAAAAAGCCAAAAACCAAAACAAAAAACUGAGAGAGGAUCUGAGGAUUUGAAAAGAUGCAGGCCAAAGCCAGGAGUCCACCAGAUGGUGGCUAUGGAUGGGUUGUGGUAGUCUCAGCCUUCAUAGUGAUGGGACUCACUGCAGCUGUCCUCAAGACUUUUGGUCUGUUCUUUGUUGAAAUCCAGCAGCACUUCAAUGAACUCGCAAGCACCACUUCCUGGAUCACGUCAGUAACAAUUGCCAUCUUUCAUCUGGGAGCCCCACUUGCCAGCUCACUGUGUGUACGAUACACCCAUAGGGCAGCUGUGAUCAUUGGAGGACUCCUCGCGUUUUCAGGAAUGGCACUGGGAUUUCUGGGACUCAACAUGGUCUGGAUGUAUACAACGACUGGCUUCCUGCAGGGACUUGGGAUUUCCUUUUCAUGGACACGCCAUUAUUUCUCCAAGAAAAGAGCUUUGGCCAAUGCUAUUGCCAGUGCUGGAGAAUGUGCCUUUGCAUUCACGUUUGGGCCAUUUUUCCAGUGGUUGAUCAGUCAGUAUGGAUGGAAAGGUGCCCUCCUGAUCAUUGGUGGAAUCCAGCUGAAUAUUUGUGCCUGCGGAGUGCUGAUGCGACCUCUGGCAAGCAGCUGCCUCCUUGAGGAAAGCCACUCUGAAACUAAGAAACCACCUGGAAAUGGUGCAUCCAGGGCAGACAAAGAAGACAGGUCUCCUAUCACACACAAAACCUUCAACUGGAUGCUUGUGAGGCGACCGGAGUUUGUACUUUAUGCAAUUUUUGGCAUAUUGGCUGCUAUGAGUUUUUUUGUCCCUCCAUUAUUUUUAGUUCCACUUAGCUACAGCCUGGGGAUAGAUGAAUCAUGGACUGCAUCCUUGCUAUCCCUUUUGGCUAUGGUGGAUUUUGCAGGCAGGCUGCUGUGUGGCUGGUAUGCCAACCUCCACAUCACCAAAACUGUUCAUUUGUUGACAAUGACAAUCACACUCAUCAGCACUUCCCUGCUGCUGUUGCCACUAGCUAGCAAUUACCUGUCCUUGGCAAUAUUCACUGCCUUCUAUGGAUUCUUCUUUGGUACCACAGUUGCUGUUCACAUUACAGUGCUGGCAGAUGUUGUAGGCAUGCCAGAUUUUGACAGUGCUCUAGGGCUUUUCAUGCUCAUUCGAAGCACUGGAGGUUUUGUGGGGCCUUCUCUUGCUGGUCUGCUUGUGGACAUGGCUGGAGAUUACAGAGCAGGCUUCUACAUGGCAGGAGCUACUCUUGCCCUAUCAGCUGGAUUUUUAGUUACUCUAGAUCAACUCCAACAGAGAAAAGAAAGAGGAAACCACACUAAUACUAAAGAAAAGUCAAUAUUACCCUACCCUUCUCUUCAUCUCCUGAAACUUCAAAACAGAAGGUAUCAAGAUCAUGACAUAGUAGUGUGACUACACUGGAGAUCUUACAGAAUUCCAGAACAUAUGGAGUAUUUUAUUUUCUCCAAACUCAGUAUUAGUAGGAUUUAUUAAAUGACGGAAGUUUUGGACAGAAAUAUUUGAAAUUGAGUACAAAAGUCUUUCGUUCACACACAAACCACACCAGUACCAAUUACCAUAUUAUUUAAUUGCUGAAGUAGCAUUUUGACUAUGCAUAUUUACAACACAGUCCCACAGGGCCAUGAUAAGCAAACUCAGAGAGUGAUGCUCUAAAUGAAAUUACCGUGAGGUGUGCACACACCAGAUAGAAAUCCACCUCCCAGAUAGAGUGCAGCCAUCACUGCCAAAUAAGAAGAGGCAUCAGCUCACAGGUGUUUAGCCUGGAGAAGAAGUGUUCAGUAUUUUCAGUUGUCUUGGGUUAGUGCAGUGGUGUUU